AUGCCGUUGAGUAAUAGCAGUGGCCUUGGUAAAAAGCCAAGCCUGAAAGUGCACAUCAAUACCACCAGUGACUCCAUCCUCUUGAAGUUCCUGCGUCCAAAUCCAAACGUAAAGCUGGAAGGUUUUCUCCUGGGAUAUGGCAGCAACGUGUCUCCAAACCAGUACUUUCCUCUUCCUACAGAAGGAAAAUUCACGGAGGCUGUAGUCGAUGCAGAGCCGAAGUAUCUGAUAGUCGUGCGACCUGCUCCUCCUCCCAGCCAGAAGAAGUCAUGUUCAGGGAAAUCUCGCCCUCGCAAACCCCUCCAGCUGGUGGUGGGUACGUUGACACCGAGCUCUGUCUUCCUGUCCUGGGGGUUCCUCAUCAACCCACACCAUGACUGGACAUUGCCGAGUCACUGUCCCAAUGACAGAUUUUAUACAAUUCGAUAUAGAGAAAAAGAUAAGGAAAAGAAAUGGAUUUUUCAACUCUGCCCAGCUACUGAAACAAUUGUGGAAAAUCUAAAGCCCAACACAGUUUAUGAAUUUGGUGUGAAAGACAAUAUAGAAGGUGGAAUUUGGAGUAAGAUUUUCAAUCAUAAGACUAUUGUUGGAAGUAAAAACAAAGUAAAUGGAAAAAUCCAAAGCACUUAUGACCAGGUCCACUCAGUGCCAGCAUAUGUCCCAAGGAAGCUAAUCCCAAUAACAAUCAUCAAGCAAGUGAUUCAGAAUGUUACCCACAGGGCUUCAACCAAAUCCCCAGACAAGACUCCUUUCGGAGGAACAAUAUUGGUUCAUCUUAUUAUUCCGGGUCUUAAUGAUUCCACUGUAAAACUUCCCACAUCCAUAAUGCUUGAGAUUUCGGAUGCUCUCAAGGCACAAUUGGCUAAGAAUGAAACAUUGGCUUUACCAACAGAAUCUAAAACACCAGAGGUUGAAAAAGUGGCAGGGCAGCCAGUAACAGUGACUCCGGAAACAGUUUCAAGAAGUACUAAGCCCACCCCGUCUAGUGCUUUAGACAUGGCAGAGACAGCACUGGCUUCAAGUGAAGAGCCAUGGGUGGCACCUGGAUCUAAAGCAUCUGAAGAUUCCAGAGUUGUACAGCCUCAAACUGCAACUUACGAUGUUAUCUCAAGCUCGACAACUUCAGAUGAGACAGAAAUAGAGCCUCACCCAGCAACAAGUGAUCCUAUUCUGGACUCUGUCCCACCUAAAACUUCUAGAACUGCUGAACAGCCAAGGGCAACACUGGCUCCAAGUGAAGCAUCAUUUAAUCCCAAAAUGCCAGAAAUCUUCACCAGUCCUGAAGUGCAACCUACAACAGCUGCUCCCCAGCAAACUACAUCUAUCCCUUCCACACCCAAACGACAGUCAACACCCAAACCACCAAGAGUCAAACCUGGAAGAACGGACAAGUCCAAGGACAAAUGCUCCGAAAUUUCUAAACGUCCUGAUGCUACUCAGUGCCUGUAUCUGUUCUUUCUUCCCAACUACGGAGAAUGCAGCACCCUGGCUCUUUUUUCCUGCUGUAUCCUGGAACCUGUCACUCUUAGACCUGAGGUCCAAGUAACAACACUAGAUUCCAAAAAAUCACACAGAAAAAAGCAACGGUUACAUCCCAAACCAAAGCCUAUGCCAAGUCCUGAAGUACCUGAGUCUAAGCCAGUUCCUUCAAGAGAACGUGAACCUGCGACACUCAGAACUGAGACUUGGGUGACAACAAAAGCUCCUAAAACACCAAAACGAACCCGUCAUCCACGCCCCAAACCUCAAACCACACCACCUACUGAGGCUCCUCUAACUAAACCUGUUGCUGCUACAGAUCUUGAACCCAGUGCUCUUAGCACCGACGUGCCUGCGACCGUGGUUCUUGCUACAGCCCUUGUACCUGUCACUCUUAGGACCAAGGCUCCCAAGUCAACAUUAGCUCCUAAAGUACAGCGGACACGCCGUCCACGUCCCAGACCUAAAACCACAGCAAGUACUGCUCCUACUGAAAUGCAAACUCUUGUUUUGAAACCAGUGACCUCGCCAAGCCUAGAAAUUACACAAAGUCAAUCCGUUUCUGAUGACCUGGAAUUGGUUGCAUUUAGUACUGAGUCACCACAGAAGACAAUAGCUCCGGGCAGACAACCAGCGCGCCUCCCCAAGCUCAAAACACCACACUCAAGAAUGCCAGCAAAAGAGCCAGUUCCUAAGGGAUCCCUGCAUACUACUUCAAAGCCCAAAAUGCCACCAAGUCCUGAAGUGGCAGACACUACAUCUGCGCCAAAAGAUGAACGACUUUCCCAUGAGCAGAUCUCGAGGUCUCUCCACCAGCACCUUAGAGACACGGGCAUUCCUCUCAUACCUGUGAUUUCACAGGAUAGUCAAGAGGAGCUACAAACCACCAUGGUAAAUUCACCACACAGAUUACACACGGCUCCUGUGAGGCCCAGAAUACCUGACAGGCCACAUGGCAGGCCUGGGACCAAGCAAGCACCUAAGCCAUCAAGUACUGGGAGAAAUAUGUCAGUGGACUCACAUGCCACAAGAAAACCAGGCCCAAUCCCAGGGACUCGUCGCCCAUCCAUACCACAUAGACAUGCGUCCCCUAGACCUGUGUCUCCACAGAGAAAGCCUUUACCACCAAAUAAUGUCACCGGAAAGCCAGGAAGUGCAGGAAUCGGUUCCUCCGGCCGGGUAACUUCCCCACCCCCGAAGGUAACACUCAAACCUAUUGGAACAGCCACAGAGAGACCAGGGGCAGAAAAAAAGCAACCAACUGCUCCUGCUUCAGAAGAAGAGUUUGGUAAUACAACUGACUUUAGUUCAAGUCCCACCAAAGAAACCGAUCACCUUGGGAAGCCUAGAUUCGUAGGUCCCCAUGUGCGAUACAUCCCCAAGCCUGAGAACAAGCCCUGUUCCAUCACUGACUCCGUCAGACGGUUCCCUACAGAGGAAGCCAUGGAGGGGAAUGCCACCAGCCCACCCCAGAACCCACCCACCAACCUCACCGUGGUCACUGUUGAAGGCUGCCCCUCAUUUGUCAUCUUGGACUGGGAAAAACCUCUAAAUGACACUGUCACUGAAUAUGAAGUCAUAUCCAGAGAAAAUGGGUCAUUCAGUGGGAAGAACAAGUCCAUUCAAAUUACAAAUCAAACAUUUUCUACAGUAGAAAAUCUGAAACCAGAUACAAGCUAUGAAUUUCAGGUGAAACCCAAAAAUCCACUUGGUGAGGGCCCCGCCAGCAACACGGUGGCGUUCAGUACUGAAUCAGCUGACCCAAGAGUGAGUGAACCAAUUUCUGCAGGAAGAGAUGCCAUCUGGACUGAAAGACCCUUUAAUUCAGACUCUUACUCAGAAUGUAAAGGCAAACAGUAUGUUAAAAGGACGUGGUAUAAAAAAUUUGUCGGAGUGCAGCUAUGUAACUCUCUCAGAUACAAGAUUUAUUUGAGCGAUUCCCUCACAGGCAAGUUUUACAACAUAGGAGAUCAGAGGGGCCAUGGAGAAGAUCACUGCCAGUUUGUGGAUUCAUUUUUAGAUGGUCGCACAGGACAGCAACUCACCUCUGACCAGUUACCCACCAAAGAAGGCUAUUUCAGAGCUGUUCGUCAGGAACCUGUCCAAUUUGGAGAAAUAGGUGGACAUACCCAAAUCAAUUAUGUCCAGUGGUAUGAAUGUGGGACCACAAUACCUGGAAAAUGGUAGAUGCAACAAAAUUAUUUCCAGAGUACUUCUGGUUCAUUAUAGCAAAAAGAAACAACAACAACAAAAAACCCAUUGGAAAUAAUGGUAUUUGUCACACCUAUUCAAAGCUAUUUUUGUUUACUAUGUGUAAGUUUGCGAUCUAACUGAUAGCAGUACUAGAUGUUUAUUAUUAGAAAAGAUUACUGAGAAUAUUUAUCAGGUUUUACAAAGUCAUUUUUAAAAAGCAAGAUAUUAACAUUAAUAGAAUAACAUUUUAGGGAAGCUGGCUCCCUAUUCAUAUUUUAAGAGAUCAUUUGUAUAUUAUUUAUCACACUGUUGUAAUGUUUUCAGAUACUUUUAUAACAAAAUUGUCCAAAGUCUUUAAUAAUCUUUAUAAAAAGUAUUUACUUUAUUGAUGUGUACGUGUUGUUGGUGAAUUAAUUCCAUAAAUCUCUUCUUGGUUUAACUUAUUGGAUCAAAUAAUCUUCAGCAUAUACAUGUGACAGAAAGUAGUUCAAAUACUUACGUUAAUGUAAACUUCCAUUUUUAGAAUCAGAUGAACAGAUUUUAAGUUUAAAUAGUUAUAUAUUCAUGCUAAUAUUUCCAUAAGUUACUAGAAAAUUAUUACAAAAAGCCUGAAUCUGUACAAUUUUAUUCCAGCCAGAAAACAACUGAUAAUCUGAAAUGUGUCAGAUGAUAAAUGUCUUUUUUUCUGUACCCAUACUAUUAUGUCUGCAAAUACCUUCUCAAGCUCUUCCUUUUGAGCAGUUUUUAAGUGGCUCUAUGGCUCUAUUCAAGCUGUAUGUACAGACUGAAUGUGAAGUCAGCAUGAAAAGAUAAUGCAUGGUGAGAAGCUAUUGUUUUAUAGGAUAUAUUAUAUAUUUAUAUGUUUAGGCCAUGAAUGAAUGUAUCACAGAAUGUGUUUGUGACACUUUACUUAAGCUGUAACAAAACUGACUCAUUUCAUGAAAAAAAAAAAAACAACAUUGCUUUCCUUCAUGCGUCGCGGAGGGAACCAAGAAAAUUAUUGCUUGCCCUGAAGACUUUUCUCUGUAUGUAUCUUUCAACAUGCUUCAGUUUUAUCAAUGCUACGUUUUGUAUUUUCAAGCAAGUAUAAACACUGCAAUAAAAAGAUGUAGGUUUUUAAAAA